UCCUGGCAAAACUAAUACGGCUGUGAAAGCUGACGUCGAGCAACUCCAAAAGCUCCUUCAGGAUCGGGAAGGACCUCUCCGAGAUGUUCGAUACCAAACGAGGUUUCAGACAAGGUGAUUCGCUAUCGUGCGACUUCUUUAACUUGAUGCUGGAAAAAAUUAUAAGAGCUGCAGAACUAAAAAGAGAAGGUACAAUCUUCUACAAGAGUGUAAAGCUACUGGCGUACGCCGAUGAUAUCGAUAUCAUUGGAAACAACACCCGCGCCGUUAGUUCUGCUUUUUCCUGCCUGGAUAAGGAAGCGAAGCGAAUGGGUCUGGUGGUGAACGAGGACAAGACGACAUAUCUCCUGUCAUCAAACAAACAGCCAGCGCAUUCGGGUCUUUGCUACCACGUCACUUUUGACAGUCAUAACUUUGAAGUUGUAGAUAGUUUCGUAUACCUGGGCACCAGCAUCAACAUCGAUAAUAAUGUCAGCCUCGAAAUCCAGAAUCACUCUUGCCAACAGGUCCUACUAUGGACUGAGUAGGCAAUUGAAAAGUGAAGUCCUCUCGCGACGAACAAAAACUAAACUCUACAAGUCCCUCAUCAUUCCCGUCCUACUUUAUGGUGCAGAAGCGUGGACGGUGUCAACAUCCGAUGAGACGGCACUAGGAGUUUUCGAGAGAAAGGUUUUGCGGAAGAUUUAUGGUCCCUUAAACAUUGGCAACGGCGAAUACCGCAGAAGAUGGAAUGAUGAGCUGUAUAUGUUGUUCAACGACAUAGACAUAGUCCAGCGAAUAAAAAGAUAGCGGCUACGCUGGCUGGGUCAUGUUGUUCGAAUGGACGAAAGUGCCCCAGCUCUGAAAGUUUUCGAUGCAGUACCCGCUGGUGGAAGCCGAUGAAGAGGGAGUCCUCCACUCCGAUGGAAGGACCAGGAACCAGGAAAGCAAACUUCCUAUGGUGCCAAGAAAUAAAUGUGCCAAGUUUCAUCAAGAUAUCUUAAUUUUUACUCAUGUUACAGCUUGCACAGACGGACGGACGGACAGACAGACAUUCGGAUUUGAACUCCACUCUUCACCCUGAUCACUUUGGUAUAUAUAACCCUAUAUCUAACUCGUUUAAAUUUGGAUGUUACAAACAACCGUUAUGUGAACAAAACUAUAAUACUCUCUUUAGCAACUUUUGUUGCGAGAGUAUAAAAAGACACAGUCGGCAUUUCGCACAACCUGCCUCAGCACUAACUGAAAUCUGUGUUUAUAUGUAUAUGCUAAAUGUAGUUGCUGUUGUUGUUAUGCUUCUGCUACACUAAGUUGUUCAGUAUUUCUGCCACUUCCUCUAUUCCUCGUGAACUGCACCUAAGCGAAUCACGGAUGAAAACAAAAAUCAGCUGAUUACAAUGGCGCAAAGCACUAUGCCCUUUUUGUAUUUAUUUGUCAAACAAUAACAAAAUCCAAUUGCUAAACACAAAUACACACACACAUGCAUACAAAUGUGUUGUUAAAAUAUGAGAGAGAGAAUAUAAUGUAUACUACCUACCACCAAAACAGCAGUACAGUAUUUGGAACUCUCACUUUUGAGCUUCGCUUCAUUUCAGUGAAAGUAGUGAAAGCUUUAUUGUAUAGACGCGCUGCAUGUUUCAGUGAGAAAGUGAGCGAAAAAGCACAGGAGGUGCCAAGCUCUGUUCCAACAUGCUUGUGGAACUUAUCUCUGCUCCUCCAUAUGAUUCAUAUCAAUUCAGUUCUCGAAUCAAUUUGAAAGCGUUUGGUUGCCUACAACGGAGGUGUUAACGCGCAAAUACAGAGAAUUUUGCUGUCAGCAGACAAGCAGACAAGCUGGGAAUUUGUGAGUAGUGUAUUUUGUUGUUUGUUGUUUGUUUUGAAGCCGUCGUACACACCCCUAUGUACACACACCAUGUGUAGUGUAAGUGGGCUCAACAAAAUUCAAAUUUCAUAGUGCCAAAGUGCUUACGCGGCUGUUCCAUAGUGAAUUUGAAAUUCAUAGCGUUUGUGCAAAAUAAAAUAAAAUAUAUACAGUGAGCAGAAUGUGCGGCACAGCAACCCAGAUUGCUUACCAAUCACUAUUCCUUUUUUAAUGUGCGUGUAUGGGUAUUAGUAUUGUAUUAAAGCGCUUAUCGACGUUGGAACGCCGCGAAACCUGCUGGCGUGUUUUUGUGGUGACACCGGUCUAUGUGUACUGCGGGGCGUAUACGCAACAUUAUGCGCUAUAGUCACAGCUGCAAUCAAAGAUGUGAACAUGCUGAUUGAUUCGUGUUAAAUGUGUCGCUUUGGUUAAGCGGAAUACUAUACUAGCAAAUUUAAAUCAAAUAUUUAAAAUUUGACAGAUGAAAUGAGUGCUGAUUUCAAUGGGCUGAUUUCAUUGUGUGUUUAAUAUUCAGGCAAUUGUGGAUUAAAGCGUAUUUUCAGAGAAGGAUAUCAAGAUCGUAUAUUGCUAUAUAUUACAGUGCUUAAGUGGAAAAGCAGUUCUUCCAGCUACGUGCCAAAUGGGAUGAAUAACAUAACCAAAGAUGUAAAGCAAAGGCAAAGCAAAUGCAAACAACUUUAAUAAAGUUAUAUCCUCUGAUGUGGAAAAUAAUGAUGACAUCUGCAGCAGUCGCAAAUGAUGCUACUCGCAACAAAAACAACAACAACUGCAGUGAUAAGAAAUUCCAUUGCAUAGCCACAGGCGCAUAACGAUGUGAGCGAUUUAAAAAAAUAAUCUAUGUUUAUACAAACACAUUUUCAGAAGUGUGUGAACCAAAUGAAAUCACCAAAAAUACAUUAAAUAUAAAAAACUAAAACAAAAGCAACAAGAACAGCUUAAACAACACGCUUAAAUACAUGCGCCUUUCGUCGGUGUUGUCGCCUAAAUGAAGUUAACACACUGUCAAAUUGGUAAAUUAUUUCUGCUGCUGACAGCUUUCUUCCUACUCCUCGAUUCCCAACAGUUGGUGGGUGUGCUUUGUAGCGCCGAAAACGUUGCCAUUGAACGUUUGAAUGCAUUGGAUGCUGAUACCACAGGGGAGCAGACAACGGUGACCGCAAUAAGACAAGCACAAGCCACUGCAAUCACAAACGUGACAGCUGUCAGUGCAGUGCAGAUAGUUGAUAAGGUGUGCGGUAGAAAUAAAAACAACAACAACAGCAAGAAAAGUAGUAAUAAUAGUAAGAAAUUAUUAGAAACUUGUGUUGAAGUGGAAAGUCAGCCGCAAGAAAACGCAGAAAUUUUCGCAAUUGAAGUGCCGCGCAAGACAUUUGAGUACACUACUACUACAACGGAAGCUACCACUGCGAAAGGAUACAACGUACUGCAUGCCCCAAGUAUUGCACACCCUAUUGACGCAGAAUUAAUGAGCACAGUGGAGGCAACUGAGACGCAACAGUUUCGCGCUGAGGUGACCAAUGCACAAGAGCAGCAAAAUGUGGCGCAAUUACAGCACAAAUUAAUUACAACAAGAACAAACACAACAAGGUCAGCAACACUAACAGCAGGCACAACAAAUGUGGCAACAACAAAAUUGGAGAGUUUUGGAAAACUUUCAGGUGCGCAAAAUGUUGCAAGUAUUAAGGCGGCAACAGAACGACAAAUGGCACAUAAUGUGCAACAGCAACAAGUGCCAUCACAAAAGCAACAACAACAGCGAAAAGCGCAAAUGCAUCGACCGCAAGAGCAAUUUGACACAAUGCGCCAGCCAUUAGCAACAAUAACAACAAAUUCAACAACAAAACUUGCUACCACUCAAGUAAGCGCUCACAUAGCCACCGAAAUGAAGAAGUUGCAAAAGUUUGAAACCGAAAUGUCACAGCAACAGCUGCCAAAGCAACAACAACAACAGCGAUUAAAAUCAACAAACAAAGAGAAUAAAGCAAAAAGACCGAUACAAAAACACGUAAACCCGGAGAUACGCAAGCAGCGCAAACAAAAGCCACUUGAAUUCGUACUGGGGCAACAACAGCAACAGCAACAUGCAGCACAACAACAAUUGCUCACUUCAAAGCCACGGGCAACACGAAACCGACAACCGCAACAAAGCGCAACUGAGUGGCGGCGGCAGCAGCAAGUUUACGAACAGCUGCAACAGGAUGCACAGCAUGUGCCCGCUGCGCAUGAAUCGCUGCGACAACAACAGCAUACCGCAGAACGCCGGCAGCAUGUAGGCGUUUUAAUUCCAUCCCGCAUUUUGGACGUGUUGCAUGUACAGCAGGGCUUUUACAAUUUUCUGGAUUUCUUUCAUGUCAAUCUGCAAAAUGUCAGUGUCGAUUUUAUACAUGAUGACGAUAUAAGUGGCUUCAUUAAAUUGCUCGAACAUCCAAAAUAUACAACUGUGGUGAAAACCUUAAAUACCGGGAUUAAUCUUUCUGACGAUGAGUUGCCGCUGAAUGGAAAAUCAACAUCAGCAACAGUGGCAGCAACAUUGCCAAGUCAGCGGCAAUCACAUCAACAGCAACGGCGACUGCAACAGCAAUCUGUUGUAACACCAGCACAGAUUAAUAAUGCAACAGCGGCUUUCAUGAAGGUUGGCGAAAUGAAAAAGUCAUCAUCGUCAAGUAAUGCGCCACUUGUCGCCUACUGUCACUUGGCCGAGCAGCUGUCACGGGAUUUUAAUAAAACAGUACUCGUUUGGCCGUGUCCGCGAAUGAAGGAAUCUAGCAAUUUUCUACCCUCAUUUGAAGCGAUUUCCUAUGCUGUGAAGAGCAUUGCAACAAAACUUAAUUGGACUCAUGUUGACAUUUAUGUUGGCGAUGAAAAUUGGGGUAUGCCACUCGCCAUAGCGGCAAACUUGCAUGUACCGUAUAAAAUUGAAAUUGCCGACGAUAUACGUGACCUGCAAGCACAGGAUAAAAUUGGUAAAGCCAUUAUCAUCACCGCGGACAUGAACGAUGCCAGCACAUUACAACUGCUCACGCAGUUGGUGGGCCUGCAACACACCAAAGUGCUGCUCAUAGAUGUGGUGGCCACGUCAUUCAACGCGGAGAAUAAUUUCUACAAGAAUUUGGCGCGCAUUAACGGUAGCGCCGAACUAAUGUCCAAUUUGCUGCUACUCACAGUGCUGAGCGAUAAGUAUCGCUACUUCUUGAAGGUCGCCUUCGAAGACAACGGCAUUGGUUUGGUGCAGAAUUUCCGCCAAAUGCGACGAUGGAAGGCGAUGACCAACGAUGGCAAGCGGGGCCCCGAGACAGGCAUGCUCAAUUGGCCAAUGCACUUGGAUAGCUCCGUUACACGUGCACUGCAAGAGCACGAAGAGGCCAUGGCUGCGGAGGCAUUCGUGGGUGAUAAUGAGAAACCAGCCACCACAACGACAAGCACAACAACUGUGCGCCCGACGCGUGACACCUUGGCGGCCUUCGAUGAGUGUCCACAGCUGAGUGGACUUAAUUUCGUUGAGAUUUGUCCGAAUAUCGAGAAUGUAACGGCACGCUGCGUGCAGUUCUUGCAACAAAAUCACAAAGACAAUAAAAAUACUACACGCAACGGCAAAGUGCUGCAACAGCUGCGAACAUUACUGAAACAACUAUGUCACAUACAUCCGGUCGCCGGACACAGUCGCGCCGAGCAAGCGCGCAUUGCCAAUUUACGAAAUUUUAUAGACUUUUUUCACUUUUACGAUUUUAUAAUAACCAGCAUACGGCAACAGCUAGCGGCGCUGGCCACAAAACCAAACCCGACCAAAAAAAAGCAAGUAAACGUGUCGACCACGAAACUCACUGAAAAUCGCAACGGAAAUGCCGGUGACAUUGACACGCCAGCUGGCGUUAUUAGCGCGCAAAUGCCCAAGUAUGAUUUCAUAGUAUUGGAUGUGGUGCAUGAAAAUGCGACUGCCAACAAUAAUAACCACAAUAAUAACAACAAGAGCAGCGUAGCCACAAAUGCGGCUAUGCUUGACUUCAAUAGUGGUGUCAAAACUGACACCAUCAAUUCAGCGGCGGAUACAGAGUCAACAGCAUCAAUGGACUCAAUCAAAUGGCGUCCACUAUUGAUUCUAGAGCAGCAUGAAAUCAAUUCCAACACCUACAUUACACAUUCCUUACAGCCGGGCUACGACGAAUGGCUGCUGGUCAGCACAGCGCAGCUUUGGCAAUGCGGCGCUAUCUGCUGGACAAUUGUGGCCAUUUGCAUUGGAUUGCUUUUGAUUAUUGUGGCCGCAAGCGUGGCUGCCGGCAUAGCAAUGAGGAAUUACUUUCUGCGUAAGCGCCUCUCGAAAGGACCCAACAAAAUUGUACUCUCCGCUGAUGACUUUGUCUUUCCAGUCGACUCACGUAGGGUUGAUGAGGGCAUCGAAGCGAUGCUUUGCUGUUGGCUGCAACAACUUCAAGAGUUUGGUGGCCCCGAAGUUGACAAGCCUGAUUUGCUCAAAGGUUCAAUUGGUUCGCUAAAAAAUCUUGGCCUAAUUAUACCGGGUGGCGGCACAGCCACCGCAGCAGGUGGUGCAGCCACAGCGAAUGGCGGCAAAGGGACAUCGGGCACGAAUAGCUUAGCGCGUCACAAUCCAGCGCUCCUAGACAUGCGUGCACGCUACAAUGGUGAUUUGGUGCAACUCAAAGAGAUACCCUUGAACGGCUCGACUGAGUUAAAGGCCAAGGCCAUGGAUCUGUUGGUGGUAGCGCACGGCAUGCGACACGAGAACAUUAACCCCUUAAUUGGUUGGCUAUCCGAUCCGAAUCGCACAGCUAUGGUGUUCGAUUACUGUUCACGCGGUUCGCUGCAAGAUGUGCUCAUCAUGGACGAAAUCAAAUUGGAUUGGAGUUUUCGUCUCAGUUUGUUGACGGAUUUGGUGCGCGGUAUGCGCUAUCUGCACACCUCACCCCUGCGCGUGCACGGCACAUUAACGUCGCGCAAUUGUGUUGUGGACGCGCGUUGGGUACUGAAAAUAACCGAUUAUGUUCUGCCAUCAUUCUAUGAAUCGCAGAACCUGCUGCCACCCACACGCACCGCUAAGGAACUUUUGUGGACAGCGCCGGAAUUGUUGCGUUCAAUGAAAACCAAUCAUCAUCACCAUGGCCGCGUAUUGGGCACACAAAUGGGUGACGUCUAUUCGUUUGGCAUCAUCAUGCAGGAGGUGGUGGUACGCGGCGAGCCCUACUGUAUGCUGUCGCUAUCGCCGGACGAAAUAAUAGCGAAGAUUAAAAAGCCACCGCCACUGAUACGGCCUUCUGUGUCGAAGGGGGCAGCACCGCCAGAGGCCAUCAACAUUAUGCGUCAGUGCUGGGCUGAGCAGCCGGACAUGCGGCCCGACUUUAAUUCCGUUUACGAACGCUUUAAAAUGCUCAAUCACGGACGUAAGGUGAAUUUCGUCGACACAAUGUUUCAAAUGCUCGAAAAGUAUUCGAAUAACUUAGAGGAGCUGAUACGUGAGCGCACAGAUCAAUUGGAUAUUGAGAGGAAGAAAACUGAACAGUUAUUAAAUCGCAUGCUACCCAGUUCGGUGGCGGAAAAGUUGAAAAUGGGGUUGGCCGUCGAACCGGAGGAAUUCUCCGACGUUACCAUCUAUUUUAGCGACAUCGUGGGUUUUACAACGAUUGCUGCACACUGUAGUCCCGUACAGGUUGUGGAUCUACUGAAUGAUCUAUACACAAUUUUCGAUGCGACUAUCAACGCUUACAAUGUGUACAAGGUGGAAACAAUUGGCGAUGCUUACAUGGUUGUUAGUGGCUUGCCAGUGAAAAUACCUGAUCAUGCGGAACAAAUUGCCACAAUGGCACUGGAUCUGCUACAUCAAAGCGGACGUUUUAAUGUCAAGCAUUUACCCGGUGUACCGUUGCAAUUACGCAUUGGAUUACACACAGGGCCCUGCUGUGCAGGUGUGGUGGGACUUACAAUGCCGCGUUACUGUCUAUUCGGCGAUACGGUGAAUACAGCGUCGCGUAUGGAGUCAACGGGCUCCUCUUGGCGCAUACAUAUGUCGCAAGAGACACGAGAUCGCUUGGAAGCGCGCGGUGGUUAUACAAUAGAACAGCGCGGACUAAUUGAAAUAAAGGGAAAAGGAAUGAUGAACACUUUUUGGCUGUUGGGAAAGAAAGGGUUUGAUAAGCCAUUGCCUGCACCGCCACCAAUUGGUGAGUCACACGGUCUCGAUGAGUCUCUUAUCCGCAACUCGAUCACUCUCAAAGCACAAGCGAAUAAAUCACGCAACAGCACCAAUCCCUCCUCAAGUCAAUCUUCCUCGCUGGCCGGUGAAUCGGUCGAGGUGAAAGUUGAGAUUACACCACCCACCAAUGCGGACAUUUGUUCUUCGAACUUGCCGAACUCAUACUCACUAGACUCCACCUCUACAAACACAAUCAGCCCAAAUGUCACUUUAUGUCCAGAUUUCCCCGCGAAGACUCCAAACGCCAGUCCGCAAUCACGUAAAAUGUCCGAACUCUCACCUGAGAAUUUGCUCACGCCAGGCACUUUCAAUCGUUUACCGAGCUCGGCAGGUGGUUCCUCAUCGCGCCUCUAUAAGAAAAUAGAAGAGAUGAUGGACCUCAGUUCACCGUACAAUCAUUACAAAUGUCUGAGUCCCAGUGAAAGUAAUCUCACCCAAUUCUACGAUGGUAAAUACUUGUAUAGCGGUGGUGGCGUUUGUAGCGCCGUAGGCGGUGGUACUGGCUCUGGCGGUGGUAGCGUACACAGCAGUAGCGUCAAAUUCGAUUCGAAACCCGGCUCAAGUCGACUAUUACGUCGACAAUUUAGUCUCGAUCGCGAUGAUACGCAAUCAAAAUCGGAGCAUCAUCAUCACCAUCAACAUCACCAAAGCUCUUUGCAGGGUUCAUUUGGAAUGACCCUAACGAAUAAGUCCUCUAUGCUGGAUAUACCGAUAUUACAUGAAACCUCGCGUAGUCCGAAGGGCACACUCGCACGUGCGCAUAAGCAGAAUUCCACUUCGAUCACUCAAGAUCUUGAAAAAAUCGAGGAAAUACCACUUUCGCCUGCAUCCUCACAACAUCACAGCAGCUUAGAUAGCAAUCUAAAUCGCAGCCCACCCUCUACCGUUGAGGCACAAACACCGCCGGCGACAUUAGCGGCUGCAUUGCUGUCAGCGCCUACCUCGCCAGCGCCAUCGCGUACUCUAAACGGCGUCGGUUAUAACAUGGGCGUCGGCAGCGGCGCUGUAACGGAAAGUCCCACCACCGAUGCCUCGACGGCAACAACAACGGCAUCAGCGAAUUCGAACAAUACGACUCCAGGUGAGGAGAGUGGACUUCGUCGCAAUGAACUGACAUUGAAUGUUGAGACUUUGCUUAGCAGGUAGGACACAGUUUAAGACGUUCUGACCGUAACGCCGUGAAAGACUGGUUGACUGAUUCGUAUGAAAUACGAGUAAUUAUACCGUAAACCAAUAAUGUUAAACACUGUGGAAAACAGUUUGAUCACUUUUAAAUGCAUUUUCAGGAUGUUUUUACAGUCUAAGUAGUUAUGUUUUGUGUCGCUUAGGUUAUAACCUCGUCUUUCGAAAGCAUAAAUUCUGUUUUGCACACUUUGUUGAUCUGCUUGACGAAUUGCUUAAAAUAUACUCGCAACCAUUUUACUACAUAGAGUGUAGGAAAAAACUUAAGUUCCAUGCAGUACAAAUCAGCUAGAUUCUAUAAGAAACGUGAUGUUUACGAAGUAUGGUAUCUUAGAUGAAUGAUUGUUAGUCACAUUUCAGGCAAUUAUAGUACAUUUUUUUAAGUACGAGGGUGUAUUAAGAUUAAUUCGAAAGCUUAGUGUACCGCCUGUUGAUUUUAAAUAAGAGUGGGCUUGAAUUGAAAUAUAAAACUUAAUGUGGUGUUGGUUGGUAUAUGCGCUACGUCCAGCUUUAAGAUAAUCUGGUAAUCUGUAUCCUAUAUUCAAGGAAACCAUCGUAUUCGCUUCUGGUACUAAUUGCAAUUUGGAUGAAAUAUAUGACCGAUUAUGAUAUCGAUGGAUCAUUUAAAUUUAUAUGGCGAAUAGUAAGUCUUCGAAAGAUCGGAAAGAUUGUGGUUAGCAAAUAAAAAUAUAAAUUUAAUAUAGUGUAUAAUUUUAAUAGUGUCUUUGAUGUUUUGGUGUAUUUCUGCAAACGAUUUAUCUGAGGUGAAAGAAAUUAAAUUAUAUAUAGGACCAACUUGUGAAAUGUAGAGUAAAGCUGAUUAGUGUUCUACAUGCUACUUAUAUAAGUUGACGUUGGAAACUUAUAGCUACAGAGUUCUGAGAACAAGAGAUACACUUUCAAUUUAUAAUUCCAGGAUUAAGAGCUAAACCUGAUUUCAAAUUCCCGUGAUCAUUUAGGCGAUCCUCAGCGUUCAUUCGCUGCUUUCUUUUGUCGUAUUUGUUCUUAACAUCCCCAUUAUUUUGUUGGUCGCACAAGAAUGUAAAUCAUAUAUCCAUGAAAAUGAGCCACAAACAAGGCAUCAUAAACUAAUCUACAAUUUAAGUAUUGAUUUGCUUUUUAAGAAAAAAGUAAAUGGAUUAAUCGCUCCCUCUGAACAGUAUUUUAUAUUUUUAUAUACAAACUUUUCGUGAUCUUAGUAGCUGCUAUUGGUAAAGAAAAUUAAAACAAAAUUCAGAAGUUGUACUUUCGGACCUUGAAAAAUCAAUUUAUGAAGAAUUUUACGUAGAAUAUGCAUUAUCUAUUAGAGUAAAUUCUGUGAAAAUCUCGACUUCAAAACGUUUAUUUUUUAAGAGACAAUCGUUGUUACUACUAAAACAUAAUAAUUGUAAUGUAAUUUGUAGUUAUAUAAAACUAAAAGUGUAGUCUGAAAACAUAGAAAAUCAGCAAUUAUUUAACAUAUUAAGGAUAUAUUUAUAUGUACUAGGAACAUAGAGACAUCUUUGUAUGGUACAUAGCUUAAGAAAUGUGAAAAAGUCAAAGCUCAAACGGUCGCUUGCCAAAUAAAAUUUCAUAUGCGUAUACAUACUCGUAGAUAUACAUAUGUGUAUAUGUGUGCAUAAUCAUAUAUUUAUGAAAAUAUGUAUUGAAUAAAGCUUUGUAAUUGUUGUACUAAGUAUAGAAAUCGUAUGGAAGGACAAAAGCACAAUUGUUUGAUUUCACAGCAUUUGAGAUGUGUUGUUUAGCUUUUGUGAAUGUAAUGCCAAAGAUGUAACUGAAAAUACCUAAAACGGUACAAACUUACCAGAUAAAGAAGACAGAAACUUAUUUACAUGCAUACAAUAUCAAGUAUUAAAAAAUAUAUAUGUAUAUGUAUAUGUACUUUCAACUAAUUAGUUAUGAAAGAUACAUGUAAUUGAUAUAAACAAAUACCACUGAGUUUUUACAAGAACAGAAUAGUAAAAGAAAAUGACAACAGUUAUUAAAUGUUGUAAGUAAACUGAAAUAGUAACAAAAAAAUCAAAAAUACAUCCGUUCCCAAUGCCCACAAUUAACCCAUACAAAUGUUUAGUAUGAAUUUACAUGUAUGUAUGUGUAACAAAAAGUUAAUGAAACCUCUCAUAUAGUUCGAACUAAAACCGAAUAUAAUUGGAUAAAUAAAUAAAUGAACAAAAAAA